CUCUCCUCCAACCUUUCUCCGUGACACCCAAGGCCGACCCUCCUGCCCGCCGUGUACCGCCAGGCCUGCGCCUCCGCUACUUUGCCCAUCUGUCCUCUGCCCUCCGCCAGAGCAUGCGCGCAUAGCCUCGACAAUCCCGCCCACCAGUCGCUCGCUAGCACCAACACAUCGCCGCUAUGGUAGAGAAGCGCCCCUCGACCGACGGGCUCGUCGACAAUGUCGACCCCCGCGAGAGCACCGAGUUCGAGAUGGAGGAGCUGCCCACAUACGAGAAGCCCGCCGAGCCAUCACCAGUGUCCCUCAAGGACAAGCUGAUUACAUGUUUCUGGAUAUCUGUCAACACACUAUCGACGUUAGGGUUGAUCUUCCUAAGUAAACGUGUAUUCAGCGAUCCGCAACUCAAGCAGUGCCAGCUCAUGGUCGUCAUGUGGCAUUUCACAGCAACCGGUCUCGUCCUCUUCCUGUCCACCCUCGGUCCCUUCCGCGCCUUCAAGCCCGUAAAGCUCAAUGUCUGGAACAUGAUGCCUGUUUGCGCCUUCUUCGCCGGCUACGUCGUUCUUGGCAAUCUCAGCUUGACUUUCAACUCGAUUGGUUUCUACCAGCUGUCCAAGGUCAUGACCACACCAACCGUCGUUCUGAUCAACUUCGUCGUUUUCCGAAAGACCGUCACAAAGUGGAUGCUUGCAGCUAUCCUCACAACUUGCAUUGGUGUUUCCUUCACCAUGGGCGGAGAGGUAAAGACUGCGUUCUUCGGUGUCAUCAUUGCUACUCUCGCCUUCUGCUCGACCGCGCUCUACCAGAUCUGGAUUGGCAAGAAGAUUGAGGACUUCCAGGUCUCACCUCCUCAGCUGCUCCUCAACCAGGCACCCAUCUCCGUGUGCCUGCUCAUCCCCUUCGUUCCGUUCUUCGACACGAUCCCCAACCUCAGCGCAGUACCAACGAACCUCCUGUGGUCUGUCUGCGCAUCUGGUGUCAUGGCCUCCAUGUACAACUUGUCGCAGUUCUUGAUCAUUGGCCGCACAUCUGCGCUCACCUUCAACAUUGUCAGCCAUCUCAAGACCAUUCUCAUCUUGUCCAUUGGCUGGUACAGCGAAGGCAAGAUCCUGAGCCCGCGCGAGUGGCUUGGUGUGCUGCUGGCGCUUGGUGGCGGUUGGGUGUACUCGCACCUGGCGCUCAAGGCGAAGAAGCAGGCCAAAUAGACGCUUCGCAACGCAGCGGCUUGCGGCACACGGGCGCUCCACGACACACGGUAUACGGGUACAAGCGCAUAGAGCUUGUUGUACAAUGAGAUGCGUGCAUUGGGCGGGGUCUGGUGUUCCUUACAUUUUUCACCUCCCUUUUCUUUCGACCCUGGCAUGGCCUGUUUGAAUAUACAAUGUAUAGCGAAUCAGCGGCAUUGGACCUCAUCUUUUCUUUUUUGAUCUCUCAUGGCGAUAUAAAACGACACUUUCUAUAGAUCGAUGCGGCGAUACUGGUUUGGCGAUCUACUUUCUUCUCUAGGGUUUAGGGCUUGCACUUUUGGGCGAAUUGGCGUGUGGCGCCCAUACUCGUCCCCCGUAUUCAUGUAAUCGCACGACAUCAGAUAUCUUGAUGAAUGAACAGAUGUAUUC